GUCAGUUGCGUGCUUUGAACAACAAGCUCAUGUUUGCAUAAAACAUACAUUCGCGUCUCCAAUUCGGAUGACAGAUGUAUUCCGGCUUACUGUCCUAAUCUUGGAUAAACCGACCACAAAAAAGAGGAUGAAAGUAAGGAAACAGUAACUUUUUUUAUAUAUUUCCUUAUUACUUGUCAUGAUUUAUAUUUUUCGUUAAGUGAAAAAGGAAGUGUAUAUAUUUAGAUGUACUAUAUACAACGUAUAUAUUUAAUAGACCUAUAUAUACUGUGGAGCGUAAUGUAAAACUUAGUUGUAAGAAAGUAGAUUAUGUUUAGAAUGUCUAAAUCAGACUUCUUCCGUCAAACAUUCAAAUAAUAAAUUUAUUGAGGGGCUUAAACGAAAAAUCGAAAUGGACGAAGCCAAGCUGAAUCGAUUUUAGGAUGUUAAUUAUAAGAGUAUAAUACUUGCACUCUAUCUCUCCCAAGAUUAAUUAUUUUCCUGUUCGAGAUUGAUUGAAAGGGAAAAGGGAAAAAGGGAGGGUGGGAGAAACAGUGAGAAUCGUAAAAAAAAGAAACUAAAAGUAUCAAGAGGAGACAGCUGAGAAAAUCAUUAAGAUAUGAGAGGGAAGGGAAGAACGAAAUAGAUGGAGAAGUAGUAUGAAUAAGUAUUUUAUGCACAGUAUGAAGAUAUACAGUGAAUGAGAGAUGCGACUAAAGCUAGAGUGAGGAGAAUAAGAGUGUGGGAACACAAGAAAGUGACUGAGAGAGAGAGAGAGAGAGAGAGAGAGAGAGCGAGAGCGCGAGAGAGUGAGAAAAGAAAGAAAAAAGAUACACUGAAAAAAAGAAAAAAAAUUUUACACACGCUGCACAGAAAUGCUGUAAAAAUUUAUGAAAGAAAGAGAUCCUUGGAUAAAUUUUUGUACUGGAAUGUAAGCAAAAUUCGAAUAAUAUUUGUUUUCCCAAAACCUUUAACCCUCGAAUAUUACCUCGUCGUUCGAAGCAAUUAUAAGAGAGCAGUAGGUGCCUACUUACAAUUCAUGUCUUGUGCUUUUAUAUAUAUUAAUAUAUUUAUAUGUACGUAAAUUGUAUAAACGCACCCUUUUUAUUGUUAAAUACAUAACGAAUAAUAAUGUAAAAUGAAGGCAAACUUAUUGUCAGAAUGUGUUUAAUUGGCUUAUGAGUUCAUUCCCCAUUCAUCAAUUUCAGAUAUCAUUCAAUUCCACAACAAUAAAUUGUUCGACAAACAGUUCGGCGGGAGUCACUGAAGACUGUAGUUUGUUCGAUUUUAUUGUAUAUACAGUCGCAUCAGGAUUAUUUUGCAUUCUCGGAUUCCUCGGGAACGUCAUAUCGUUUAGCGUUCUUUGGCGAGACGGAGCAAAAAGUAAAAGCGCAACCAGCUUUCUACUCCAGGCAUUGGCCGUUGCAGAUUGUCUGGUGCUAGCGACAGCCUUUCCCUUAUAUAGUCUCACACCUGCCUACUUAUAUGGAGGAUGGUUAGAGUCGUAUUUCGAACUGUAUCCAAAAAUUAUGCCCUACAUUUGGGCUUGUUACAAUAUGGGCUUAACGGGAACAGUUUUUCUAACUGUUCUAGUUAGCUUUAACCGUUAUAUAGCUGUCUGCAAACCUUUCAAAUCUGCAGAAAUCUGCUCCUUGGAACAGGCCAGAAAGCAAGUGGCUUAUAUUAUUAUUAUAGCCGUCCUAUAUAAUAUACCUAGAUUCUUCGAAUUCGAUCUACGUGAUGUAUGCAGCGAGGGUAAACUUGUCACCACGUUUGAAAUGAGCAGUUUGGCACAGAAUAAAUUAUAUGGAAUAUUAUAUUCUAAUUUACUGUACUUUCUAAUUAUGCUGGGAGGUCCACUAGCCUCUUUAACUUUUCUCAACGUCAAUUUGAUAAAGGCGUUAAAAAAGAGAGCUCAAAAGAGAAACGAGAUGGGGAAGAGCAGCUAUCAGCAAGAUAUGACUUUGGUUUUGGUAGUUGUCAUCUGUGUAUUCAUAGCCUGUCAAACUCCAACUUUUGUAGAUCGUAUUCUAUGGACUAUACUUGGAAGCCCCAGUUGCGGAGAUCAGUUGUAUUAUUACACGGCAAUCGGUGACUUACUGGCUAUUUUUAAUUCUUCUGUUAACUUUCUCAUAUACGUAAUUACUAGUCGGAAAUUUAGGCAACUUCUCGUCUCACCUCCAUGUACUAACAAUCCAGAUUAUAUCCGGGCAAAUACUGCUCCAAGCAGAGCAGAUAUGGGGAUGGUUCAAGUGAAUAAUCAUGCAAAACAUUAGUGGUUGAAAUUAUUCAUAAAAUUAAUACUGCCGUGCAAAGAAAAUAAAAGUCAGAAAAUAAAACUCAAAGUAUUAAUGACAAUAUAUAAUUGUGUUACAAUAUAUUGUUUACCUUAAGUUUGUCCACAAAUGUGGUAAUUUGUGGAUUUAAGAUGGCGUUAGCUUUCGGUCCACAACUGACAAAAAGUUGUUUCAUUCUUUAUACUUAUUUUUUUUUCUCUUGUUAACAAUAAAAUAAGUUCUAUUAGACAAA